AUGGCGCAACAGAUGGCUUACCAGCAAAGCCUGCAGCAGCACUACAACACUCAGAUGCAGAACAUGGCCAGCUUCUUCCAGUCCAUGCAGACGCCCGGGGCGUCUACACCGCCUCCUCUUCCAAUGUUCGCUCCACCGCCUCCUCCUCCAGAGUUUUUUCCUGUGCCUGCUCCUGUCGCUCCUGGAGGGACCCCGGUACAGUCGGCGGGUUCGAACUUGUCUCCUGGAGGUCCCGGCCAUCAGAUGAUGUCGUAUCCACCACAUCAUCAAUAUCUGGAUCGUAGCAAUAGACAUUCAAAUAGUUAA